AUUAUUUAAAACUUCUGAUUCAGUGUGUAAAAUUAGAACACUGCAGACAUGGAUCAAAGAGUAGAUCAAACAGGACCUCUACGGUCUCCCUUGAUUCAAAUCUUGGGGCAAGAUGGAAUAAGAGUCGAUAAUGAUAGCAAGAAGAGUAUAGUAGAACUAGAAAGAAGAGAUGUUUUUGAAGAAGUUAAGAAGCAGUUAUGGCUGGCAGGGCCUUUGGUAUCAGCAGGUCUGCUGAACUUUUGCAUACAGAUCAUAUCUGUUAUGUUUGUGGGCCAUCUAGGUGAGCUGCCUCUGGCUGGUGCUUCAAUGGCCACUUCUUUUGCUUCUGUCACUGGUAUUAGCUUGUUGCUGGGAAUGGCCAGUGCCUUGGAUACCUUUUGUGGGCAGUCAUAUGGAGCAAAGCAGCACAGAAUGUUAGGCAUACACAUGCAAAGGGCCAUGCUCACUCUUGUGAUUGUCAGCAUACCCUUAGCAAUCAUUUGGGCAAACACAAGGUCCAUUCUGGUUUUCUUUGGCCAAGAUCCUGAAAUAUCUGCAGAAGCAGGGAAAUAUGCUCAGUUAAUGGUUCCAAGCCUUUUUGCCUAUGGUCUUCUUCAAUGUCUAAACAGAUUCUUACAAACACAAAAUAUUGUAUUGCCAACUAUGUUCAGCUCUGGAGUUACUACUUUGCUACAUCUUGUUGUGUGUUGGAUUUUGGUAUUCAAAUGCGGUUUAGGGAGUAGAGGAGCUGCCAUAGCAAAUUCUAUAUCUUAUUCGGUGAAUGUUUUGAUACUAUCACUCUAUGUCAAGUUUUCUCCUUUGUGUGCAAAAACUUGGACAGGGUUUUCAAAAGAGGCACUGCAUAACAUUCCCUCUUUUCUGAGACUGGCCAUUCCUUCAGCUAUUAUGGUUUGCUUGGAAAUGUGGUCAUUUGAAAUGAUGGUUCUCCUAUCUGGUCUUCUACCAAAUCCAAAGUUGGAAACAUCAGUGCUUUCUAUCUGCUUGAAUACAGCAGAAACUGUUUGGAUGAUCCCCUUCGGUUUCAGUGCAGCUGUGAGCACUCGCAUAUCAAAUGAACUAGGAGGUGGUCAUCCUUUGGCUGCAAAUUUAGCAGUGUAUAUUGUGUUAGUAUUGGCCCUCAUCGAGGGAAGCUUGGUUGGAACUGUGAUGAUACUAAUGCGCUAUAUUUGGGCCUACGCCUAUAGUAAUGAAGCAGAAGUGGUCGAAUAUGUAGCAAUCAUGUUGCCAAUUCUUGCAGUAUCCAACUUCUUGGAUGGAUUUCAGUGUGUACUUUCAGGCACAGUUAGAGGAUGUGGUCGGCAGAAAAUUGGUGCAUUCAUCAAUUUAGGCUCUUAUUAUCUAGUUGGGAUUCCAUCAGCUAUCCUGCUAGCUUUUGUAUUGAAUAUUGGAGGGAAGGGGCUCUGGCUGGGGAUCAUUUGUGCACUCAUUGUUCAAGUAUUAUCUCUAUUGAUCAUCACCUUACGUACUGAUUGGGAGCAAGAGGCAAAGAAGGCUAGUGAAAGAGUUUAUGAUUCUAUAAUAGCAGAGAAUGCAGUCUCUUGAAGCUAGCUGUGAUGAUGUGUUCAGAACAAAUACAAAAGAAAAUAGAACGGUGACGGUGCUGACAAUGAUCAACAGAGUAACACUACUUGUACACAUGCACGGAUGGAUCAUGUCAUGCUCCUAUCUUUCCAGUUGAUAAAUGAUAAGCAUGCGUUUUGAACAAAGGGGAAAGGAAAUGGUGGUUUCAAAUCA